GCAGUACACACAAUGUGAUGACGUUUACAACAACUUGAUGACGUUUACACGGCUUUGAAGUGGAUCAACAAACACCAGCUGAAGAUGAGGCGACAACAUAUCCAAGACCCGGGUAUUCAGACAACACAUGACGCACCUGGAAAUAGUUUUAUUGAAGGUGAAAAUGAUAAGUUAGAAAGUUCGCUCAAGGGUAAAGUAAAGGCCCUGAAAUCGCUCAGCAUUGAUAUAGGUACAGAAAUACGGACACAGAACACAUUUCUGGAUCAAAUGGAUUCAGAUUUUGAAGGAUCAACAGGUCUUCUACAGAAAACUAUGCAUCGUUUAAAAGGAAUUACCAAAGAAGGACACUGGAAAAUAUGGCUUUACCUCUUCCUCUUCACAUUAUUUGUUUUUGGAGUUUGUUGGUUGGUUGUACGCACCAGGUGACAAGUUUCCACUGUAAAUCAGUCUUCAGUGAAAUUUGCUCCCCUCAUUCUCUCUCUCUCUCUCUCUCUCUCUCUCCCCUUCUCUCUCUUCCACCAUCUUCCUUGUUUUGCUAUCACCCUCUCUCUCUCUCUCUCUCUCUCUUUCUCUUUUGGUUAUCUCCCUCUUUGUCUUUCACCAGAUCCCCCUCCACUCCAUUUUAUCGUUAAGUGAUGAUUAACCCUUUGCAAAGUGAAAAUACACAACACUUCAAAUACCUGGAAGACUAUUUACUACAAGUAUGCAAAUACACACACACUCACACACAUGGAUACUCACACAAGUGGUCAGUGAGUCAUGCACACAUGAAUACUCACUGACCUGUAUACUCAAUUUGGUUAGCAUUCAGCAAAAAAUAUCCUCCUCCACCUGACUCGGUAAUUCCUCGCAGCCCCAUUGUACAACUCUGGAACUCUGGAACUCUCUCUGUCCCUCUUUCCUGCUACAGAGAUAACAGUCUCUCCUUACUUCUUGAAUCAUGCUGACUCUAUAUUCUUUGGUCCGAACAUCAAUAACCCAUUCUAUCAUAACUAAGUCCACUUGAAGUAUAUAUUUCACUCCCACCCCCCAUUACACCCAUGUACUAAUCCUUGCAUUCUUGCAUUUCUAUUAUAUUUUUUUUCUUGGAUUAUCCCAAACAUAUUGUUUCAACCCAAAUAUAAUAUAUAUAUAUAUAUAUACAUAUAUUAUAUAUACACACAUGCACACAUACAUACAUACAUAUGUACCUGGAAUUUCCUGUGUAAAUUCUUUUUCCAUCAGAUGUGGAGAGUUAAUCUCUCCUGAAGAGAAAGGAGACCCUGAAGAGACAAUUGACUCUUUUGUCUCCCCUCAUCCCCCAACACUGCAAAUAAAGUAUUAAAAAUCAAAAUUGUUAAAA